AUCCAGUUCAAUGAUCCUGUGAUGCGACUAACAUAACACAACCCCGCCCAUCACUCUCAAGCCCACCGUGUGGGUGACCACAAACGGCGAAUCCCAAUCUAGAUCUUUCCCCGACCGACCGGAUAAGCCAGACACAGCUUGGUGACGUUAAUCCGUCCGAUUCGACCCUUGCUGUCUGUCGCUUAUCAAUUGCCGUCCAUACUAUCACCGCUACAAACUUAUCAACCUAAACAAAAAGCAGUAUAUCAGCCAUGACCCCUGCAAGAGGGCGUGGUCCAAGCCAAAGGAGUCCUCAUGUCCUGGUGACCGACUCCCGAGACCAACAAACCACUCAACCCCGUCGUCGCCGCUCCCCCGCAACCCGUUUCAUCACUGUCGACAAUGUCCUCCAAUACACCUCCGACGUCCCCUCCAUGCAGCAGCGCCAUCCACCCCAAGGCGGCGUUCGGGCGCGGCCGCGCUCCCGUCUCGCUUCCGCCGCGGGCGGCUUAAUCGGUGCUGGCGGAGCGGGCUCCUCCACCGGAGGAAGCAGUGCGGUCAGCACAGCAGCGAGCAUGAAGCGACUUGCAGCGCAGCCGCGACUGCCCCCUCGUACAACCAAAGUCAGUGAGAAGCUGGUGCUUCUGCCGGAGGCCGGGGACGAAUUGCGCGAGGAAGAAGAGGAAGGAGAAGAGGAGGAUGAGGAGACGGUGGACGAGGAGUUCGUGCAGAAGAUCGCGAAGGAUAAGAAUCUUGACCCGGAUUCGGUGAGGCAGACAUUACUGGCGCAGAAGAAGCUCGAUGGGGAUUUCGGCGUCGAUAAUGAGAUCGCGCCGUUGUUGGCGGAGGAGGAGUUGAUGAAGAGGAGGAAGGUCGCUCCGGAGAAGGCGAAGAGUUAUGCGGAGAGGUUGCCGAAGGCCCGGCGUGCGGAGAAGUUGGCCAGAGUGACGGCGUAUUGUACGGCGCAAGCUUAUAAGAUGAGCUCGUUGGCAUCGUUUGUGAAGGAGAGGCAUGGCGGAAAGACGAAGCUCUAUGAUGAUUGUCUGUAUACAGCGUAUCAUUUGCCGUUGUUGCCUGGGCAUGAAGGGUAUAGGUUGAGGAGUAGUCCGGUGUUGAAGAAGCCGGGUGGCAAGUCGCUGCUUGAUGAGGAGAUUGAGCGGAAUGAGCUGCGAGAUCAUCAUGAGGAUUAUAUGCCGGAGGCAGAGGAGCAUUCGGUGUUUGGGGGGCGUCAUGAGCAUGGUCCGCACCCGCAUGAAUCGCAUCAAGCUGGUGAAGAGGAUCAUGCUGGUUCUGGCUCGAGGGAACAGUUUGGUCAAGGUACGGGCCAAAGCCAGCCGGGUCCGACUGCUGGCUCAACGGCGUCGUCGAGGCUAUCAUAUAAUGUGGCGGAGAUGUUUGUCUUCAGCUACGGAGUUGUCGUGUUUUGGAAUUUCACCGAGAAGCAAGAGAAGGAUCUUCUGGCUGAUUUGGCGUUUGCGACGUCGUCCGCAACGGGAUCACCUAUUCCACUGGCUACCAUGCCAUUGCAAGAGGAGGACUUUGAAACAGAGGAAUUCCAUUUCGAGUAUUCGACUGAAAUCAAACGUCCGCGUGUCUACAACGACAUGAUCACUCUGCGCAGUGGUGACCACAUGAUCAAGCUGGCUAUCAGUCAUGGCAUCGCUCAAAGUACCAAGCUCUGCUUCUUUGAGGAAGUUAUGGCUCGCCAGAUGGCCGAGGCCAAGGACGUUCCUCGCCGACUCGCCAUGACUGGCAAUCUCGGAAUGAAGCGAGAUGAAGUAUUCCGGAUUCUAGGAAGUCUGUUCAAGAGUCGUGUGGAAGUGAACCUCUCGUCCAAUAUGCUCGACGUCCCCAACUUCUUCUGGGAAAGCGAGCCUACUCUCUACCCACUCUACAUUGCCGUUCGCGAAUACCUCGAGAUCAAGCCCCGAAUCCAAGUCCUCAAUGAACGCUGCCGUGUCUUCCUCGAUCUGGCUGAAAUCCUCUCUGAUUCGAUCGCCGACAACAGAACCUCGCACCAAACCUGGAUCAUCAUCGUCCUCAUCAUCAUCUCCAUCCUCGUCACCACCUCCGAAGUCUUCCUCCGCUUCGGCCUCCUCUCCGCCCGCGAGAACGGCGCAUCCUCAACAAUCACUACCAUCCUCUCCCGAGCCCUCGGACAUACAUCACCCGCACCCGUAUGCUCAUGUCCAGCCCCUGCUGUUCCCGGAGUUCCAGCAGGCAUGGGAGCAUUGAAUACCACCGGCUUGCCGUAUUGAUUAUACCAUACCCUACAUACUUAAUACUCACACUUUC